AUGAGCGACAUCGAAACCGACAGUGGGUCGGUACACGAUGACGAAGACCAAAUCAAUAACCUCCAAGAAGACUCUGGAUCUGAAUAUCAAGGCGAAGACGACGAGCAAAGCGACGAUGCAGCAAAUUCGGUGCGAAGUGGACAUAGUGAGACGAGCAAUCGAUCAAGAAAACCAGGAUCUCCAAAGAAGUCGGAAACCAAGGAAAAUCCCAAAUCGUCAAUCACGAAAAGCACAAGGGCCACUUACAGCGAUGCCUACCGGGACUUCUAUAAUGCAGAAGUCGAAGAGCUGAUCCAUCCAUAUCACUCCGUUACCAACGCACUACCAGCAUCUGAGAUUGGAGUGGCUGUCUGGACUCCUUUGGAAAAAGAAACCUUGUUCCGAAAAGUAUCUGCUCUGGGCAAAGAUGACAUCAAGGGGAUCUCAAGCGCAAUCAGAACCAAAUCAGAGACCGAAGUACGACAAUAUCUGUCACUGCUCGACCAAGGAACCGUUGAGGGCAAUGUAACCAAAGCACUGCCUGUGUUUUCCGCCGCAGACAUAUCACCUGCUUUUGAAGUGAGCAAGCAGUCAGAAGAACUUCUUGAAGAGUACGCGGAUGGUCUGGCUCAGUAUCAGAAAAGGAGCGAUCAAAAGCGAGAGAAGAAGAGGCAUGGUGACUACUGGCUUCUUACCGAAGAGAUUGCGGAAGAGGUCGAGGAGCAAGUCAUGGCACAAGACAUCAUGGUUCCCUCGGCCGAACUCCUGGACCUUCCAAUGUGGCUUCGAUUAUCUCGUUUAUUCAUGUAUCAAUCGUCAGAACUGGGCGACAGUUGGGACAACCUCAUCACCUCACGUCACGAAACUCCUUCGAUGUACCACACUGCUUUUCAGGAUUUUCACAAUCUGACUGUCAGUUUGACAAGGCGUGUUGUACAGGCCACCAUCUUUCAAACAAUGACUCGUCUGCGAGCACGCGACAAAGAUCAACCAAGCGCUAGAGUUACAGCAACCGACGUACGCGCGGCAACCGAAAUUUUGGAUCUGCAACCUAACACGCGCAAGUUUUGGGCAAGUGUACCAAGAAAGCAUGGGCUUCGGGUCUACGAGCGGGGCAUUAAGUUCUCGAGAGGUCAGUCUAGGGCUGGGGUUGAGCUUAGCCUCGAAGAAGCAGAAGAAAGACUAGGCACUGGUCAUACCUCAAGUGCUGCAGGAGCGGACGACGAUGUUCUUUGGACUGAAGCAUCAGACACGGAAGACGAAGCACUUGUCAACAUGCCUGACGAUGAACGUGCAGACGCUUCUGAUGAUGAUGACGCUGAUUACCAUCCGACUGACGACGAAGAAGCACAAGAGGAUGCGAAGAAGAAGCGCCGCAGAAAAGGAAAGAUGGAGAGAAACUUCCAAAGAGCUCAUGACGCAUAUCUGGAAGCUGUCGACCAAGAGAUGAGCAGAGUUCAGGAGAUUGGAAUGUGGGACACUCUUGGUGUAGCACCUCCAAAUGACAUCAAGAAUGAAGAGGUGGAAAUUCCGCGCCAACCAGUCAUCAAGCGUCGACUCUCGGAUAGCGCCAACUGGAGAGAUGGCUUCGAGUACCGUUCACCCUGGGAG